GCUUCUUCCAACGGAUCAACUCUUCACUUCACCAGAAAUUACAAGAGAGCUUCUUCCAACGGAUCAUCUCUUGACUUCUUCUCUUCACCAUGGGGAACUGUGCUGCCUGCUGCCGAGGAUUCUGGUGCAGGGCCAAAAACCCUGACGUCCGGAUCAGUCUGCCUGCGGUCUGCUUCAUGUGGCAGAUCGCUAUGAUCAUCUUGUUUGGAGUGUUUGUGCGCUAUGAUGAAGAGUCGGACGCACACUGGUCUGAGCACAAGCGUGCAAACAACAUCACGAGUGACAUCGAGAACGACUUCUACUACAGAUACCCAAGCUUUCAGGAUGUGCAUGUGAUGAUCUUCGUUGGUUUUGGCUUUCUCAUGACCUUCCUGAAGCGUUACAGCUUUGGCGGGGUCGGUUUUAACUUUCUCAUCGCUGCCUUCGGUCUGCAGUGGGCUCUUCUCAUGCAGGGCUGGUUCCACUUUCUGGAUCCGGUUGAUGGCUAUAUCAAGAUUGGAGUUGAGAAUAUCAUCAAUGCCGACUUCUGUGUGGCUGGAUGUCUCAUUGCUUACGGAGCUCUGCUGGGAAAAGUCAGUCCAGUGCAGCUGAUGGUCUUGACGUUAUUUGGCAUCACACUGUUUGCAGUCGAGGAAUACAUCAUUCUUCAUGUUCUCCAUGUUCGGGACGCUGGCGGAUCCAUGGUCAUCCACACUUUCGGAGGAUAUUACGGUCUGACGAUAUCAUGGAUUCUCUAUCGACCGAAACUAGACAAGCGUCUGAAUGGAUCUGUCUACCAAUCGGAUGUCUUUGCUAUGAUUGGGACUCUCUUCCUCUGGAUGUUCUGGCCCAGUUUCAACUCUGCCAUCUCAGAUCAUGGAGAUGGACAACACCGGGCGGCCAUAAACACCUACCUCGCACUGGCUUCUUCAGUCCUGACGACAUUUGCCAUAUCAAGCCUUUCAGCCAAGAGGGGAAAACUGGACAUGGUGCAUAUCCAGAAUGCAACUCUGGCUGGGGGGGUCGCCAUGGGAUCAGCGGCCGAGUUUAUGAUCACACCCUACGGUUCUCUCAUCGUGGGCUUCUGCUGCGGGAUAAUCUCCACAUUUGGCUACCUGGUGAUCAGUCCCUUCAUGGAGAAGUAUUUGAAGAUUCAAGACACAUGCGGAGUCCAUAACCUGCAUGCCAUGCCCGGUGUCCUCGGGGCAGUCGUGGGGGCCAUCACAGCGGCCGCUGCCAGUGAGAGCGUCUACGGACAUGAAGGGUUGGUAAACACCUUCAAUUUUAAAGGGAAGUAUGCUGAAAGGACCCCUGCCACACAAGGAGGCUUCCAGGCAGCCGGUCUUUGUGUUGCUCUUGCUUUUGGUAUCGUAGGUGGAGCCAUAGUAGGUUUAAUCUUGAGACUUCCGUUCUGGGGAGACCCAUCCGAUGAUAACUGCUUUGAUGAUGAGGUGUACUGGGAGGUGCCUGAAGACGAGGAGAGCAUCCCUCCCAUUCUUGAGUACAACAGUCACAUGGUCGGCAAAAAUACAGACAGGAUGUCUAACUUCACUGUGGAACAGAGCUAAUGCAAGAAAUAAGGACUUCGUUAUGGCAAAAGAUGAACAUGUUCACAUCAUAUUGGGACCAAAAAAAAAAAAAAAAAACACAAAAAA